AUGGCCAAGAAACAUGACUAUAAUCAGUCAAAAGAAAGUGGAUUUGAAAUAAUAAACAGAGUGGAAAUUCGCAUCCAAGAUGCAUCUCUUCUCUCAUUAUCAAGAUCCGCCUCAGUUAGUCCUGAAUGUUGUGGGUGGCUGCAUGUUUUGAAUUUGAAAGGAAGUCAAUAUGGCCGUGAUAUUAGUAUAGAGGAGGAUAAUUGGGAGCAAUAUUAUUUUAACUUAAAGGGUGGAAUGAUGUUUGGCUCAAGUAAGAAAGAUGGAUCCACAUUAGAAGUUGUAUAUGUAUUAUGUGACACAGUAAUUAGUACAAUAGAUUCAAUUACAGCACUGCAGAGAGAAUACAUCACGAGAGAAGAAGAGGCGAAUCUUCGCCACAGUAUUGGAAAAGAUGUACAUCUGAUUAUUCUUUUAAACUAUAACAAUUCUCUCGGAAUAGAAUCAAAUCCCUUAAUAUUUGCAGCAAGCUCACCAACUGUUUCAGCUAGAUGGUGUAUUGCAAUGAACCAAUCAAUACAAUAUGGGCAAAUGAGAUAUGUUAUGGAUAAUUCUGAUCAGGAAUUUGAGGAGGGGAACUUUAGAGUAUCUCAUACUAUGAAGGGAGAACUGGCUAGUGUAACUGGAGGGUAUUAUAGAGGAAGGGACGUGAAUCAAUUAACACAACAAUUAGAAAAAUUAAAGCAUCAGUUCAAACAGAUGGAGAAUGAGAAUAAGAGCUUAAAGUUCAAAAAUGAAAGUCUUCAGAGUCAAGUCAAAAAACUCCAAAGUACUUUAACAGUAACUGAAAAAGCAACCAGUGAAGCAGUUGAGCAAAAAGCAGCAGAGUUGACCCAAGUUAAAGAAGAUUUGAGUAAUGUUAGAAGCGAAAGAGAACUUCUUAUAGAAGAAAAGAACAAAUUAUAUGAGAAAAUUUCACAGUUACAAAGAACCAAUCAGCAAGUAUUGAUGGAGAAAUUUGAAAUAAUGGACGAACUAACAGAUUUGCAAGAUAAUAUUUCAACAUAUAAGGUUGGUGAUGCAGGAUUAACCAAAUUGAUUACUAGACUUCAAUAUUUAAAAAACUCAAGCCAGGAAUUAUUGAUUGAGAAUAGAAAGUAUAAAAAUGAAAUUAAGUCAAUUUUAGACCAUUAUAGGGAAGAGCAAGAAAAAUCAAAUAAACAAUUGAAUACCAUUAAGGAAUUACUUUCACAGCAAGAUGUAUUCCAAUUAUUAAUUAGGCAAAUGGAGUUGGUUCAAGCAAAGCUUCAAUAUCAACAGGAAGCAUGGAGAAUGCCAGAUAAUCAAGCUGAAAACUUAUUAUUUUGGAUACAACAGCUUCAAAAUCAAUGGAAAGUAGAUGAGGCAGUAGCAAGAGCAUCUUAUCUUAAACAUAGAAGUAUAGUUCUUGGAGAACAAAUGAAAGCUUACACUUUAGGCCAUCCACUUCCAACACAUUAUGCAAUAAUACAAGAACUUCUUCAUAAGCUUCAAUAUAUUUUUAGAGAAGAGGAAUUCUCUGUUGUGACUAGAUCUGAAUUUUUGUAUGAAGAUAUUGGGAAUGCAAACUUUGGUUUUGAGCCUUUAAGAAUUCGUAAUCAAAUAAGCAAAAAAUUGGAAAAAGAACCAAUUUGGGAUGGAGAAAAUUUUAAGCAGCCACCAUUAUCAGUAUUACCUUCAAUAUUUGGUAACUCAAAGACUAAAAUGGCAGGAAAGAUUGAAGAAGUUAUUGAGAAUUCAAAACAAAAUGGUGAAUCUGGAUCCGGAAUUGCUAAUGCUAUAGAUGAAUCUGCAAAUAGUCCAAAAAAAGGAGCCAAUAGUGGAUUGAUUGAAUACUCUUCUUUAAAAUCUUCGGUCAUGGCAAAUACCCAGUAUAUUCCAAAAAUACAAGUUGAUUUGCUUAGUCCACCAGAAAAGAAUGUCCCUGAAUCAGAGUAUGAAAGAAUCAAAAAUAGCUUUCGAGAAAUGCAAGAAAAAUAUCGUAUUCUGGAAGGAGAGAAUGAAAUCAUGUCUGAGAAGAUUCAAAAGUUGACUAAAAUGAUUAAAUCAAUGAAUAAAAAAACAUAUCGCCAAAAUACCCGUGCUGGAAGCCUUGUAGACUUUUCUGCAGGAAACAACCUGGAAGAAUCAUCCAAAUCAAAUGUUAACAUGGAUAAUGGUGAUAAUCAGCAUGAUUCUGUCUCUGGAGAUUUAGAACAUGAUAAAGCAAUUGAACCCAAUGAUAAUAACCGUGGAAUUAAAAGUGGUAGAUCAUUCCAUAAACGCAACAGUUCAAAGUCCGUUUAUAGUGAGCCAAAUGAGACUUCAGUGAAUGGUAGUGUAGCAAAAAGUUCCGCUGGUCAGAACUCAAAUAAUAAUGAGAAUGAAAUUUCUGAUGACAUCAAUUAA